AUGAGUAAAGCAUUGCAAUAUAAUACGAUAUCAAAAGGAGAUUAUCUUACUUAAAAGAGUAUACCUAAUUCAGCUCCAAUGUUGAGACCCUAAUCUGAAUUGGUUAAAUAAUCUCAAGUUUCACCUCCAGUUCAAGCUCCAACAGAUGUUAUAGCAAGUUAACCAAUAUAUAAAGAAAAAUAAGAAAAACCUUAAAAAGAUACUCCAUUUGAAAGAAAUAUAUUUCCAUAAAGUGAAAUUCCUUAAUAAAUAGUACCUAUUAAAAGUAAUAUUAUAAAUACUUAACAACUAAUUCAAAGUUAAUCUAAUAUUCCCCAAUAGUAAUAACAAUCUAAUGUAUCAAAUUAAAAUUAGAUUCAAAUUUUACAAUAACUGAAAGGUUUAUAAUUAGAAAAUUAAGAAUUGAGAGCAUAAUUGAUAAAUUAAACUAGGGAAAUAAUGAAUGCUGGAGCAUUAAAGAAUGAAAAUUCUGCUCUUAGAGAUAGAGCUGAUGAAUUAAAAGUUAUUGCAGAUCAUGUAAGAGAAGCUGAUUCUUAAAACUAAGUUAUGAAACGAUAAGUCACAGAAUUAUAAACUUAAUUAAGUUAACUUAAAGCAUAAAACGGUGAAUUAUAAAAAGUUGCUGAUGAAGUAGAAUAAGUCAGAAAAGAAAUAGCUACUUAUAAAGCUUUUGAAAUGUAGUAUAAGGAAUUAUUAAGAUAAACUUUAUAAUUAAAAUCAGAUCAUGAUGCAUUAAAUAAAUAAUUUAAUAAAUUGUUGAGUGUUUAAGAUGAAAAUAAAAGAGUAAGUUAAUAAUAUGAUUAAUAAGUAUCAGAAAAUGAAUAACUUAAAAAAUAAUUAGAUCAAAAAGAAAAAGAUAACUAAUUAUUACUUAAUGAUAAUAUAAGUAUGAAAUAAUUAUUAGAUUAAUUAAACUUUGAUCAUAAAAGUUUAAGAUCUUAAUUUGCUAAAUUAUAAUAGUAACAUUAAUCAUAAUAUGAAGAAGAUUAAAAAUUGAAAGAUAAAAUUUCUUAAUUAGAAUUAGAAAUAGUUUAAUUAAGAUCUAGAAAUGAUGGAUUAUAAAAAUUUGUUACUGCAGUUGAUACUAGAGAAUAAGAAAUAGGAACUCUUAAAUAUCAUUUAGGAAUGUGUGAAAAUAAUAUGAAAAUUGUUUAAUAAAAUUAUGAUGCUUCUCUUAAGAAACUUGAAUUGUAAAGGAAAGAUAUUGAAUAAUUACUUACUGACAACAAUUUAUUGAAAGGAUAGUUAGAGCAUUUAACUUUAUAGAAUCGAUAAUUAAAUGAAUGUAAUUUUUUUUAUUCUUAUAAAAAUAGUACAAUGGAAAAAUAAGGAACAGGACCAUUAAACAAAAUAAUUAAAUGAAGAAAAUAAAAGAUUGAAUAAUCUUAUACUGGUUAAAAAUAAUGAAUGUAAUUAAUAUAAAAAUGAUGCAUCAAGAUUUCAUUCUCAAUUAAUGAAUUUGUAGAAUACAGAAAAUUUAAAUAAAAGGAUGAAUGACUAAAUAUAAUAAAUGGAUCAAGACAUAAAAUUUUUAAGGAAGAUGAAUUAAGAUUAAUAAAUAUAAAUUAAGCAGCUGGAAGAGUUCAGAUAUAAUACUAUUUAUAAUAUAAAGCAACAAGAUUUUGGUAGUAAAUAAAAUCUUUAUUGA